GGUUUGGCAGCAAUUAUCGUUCAGCCAAUCACAGGCGGGCAGCGCUCAAACACUGCGCGCCAUAUUGGCCAUUAACAAGGCGGAGCUAGCUCUUUCUUGCUCUCCGACUAGCUCCCUCUCUCUUGCUCUCGCGCCCAGGUCGUGUGCGUAUGUGCAGUGGUGGUUGUUUUGUUUGAUAGCAUUGGGUGCCCAACUGUGCUGUGAAGUGCAUGUGGCUGUUUUGGCUUUCAUUUGCGCGCAGAUCUUUGAACGGUUCACUGCGUCAACGUUGCGCGCACACGUGACGCCUUUUAAAAAGUCUAAGCAAGUGGCCAAAUUCUAAGUUGAUAUGCAAAACGAGCACACGGCGCUGCUGCCACCGGUGGAGAGCAGCACCAAGUUGGUCAGCAAGCCGUUUCCGAAACCUUUCUCCAUUGAGAGUCUAAUUGCGAAUCAAACACCUGCUGUUGUUCCUUCUUCCAAUGUCGAGCUGGAAAGGGAAAGGGAAAGAGAAACGGAACUGGACCGGGAACGGGAACGGAAUAGUAAUCAAGAGCUGAAUGCACGUGCUUUGGUGGCCAGCUCUGCCCUGGGUCUGGCACAGUUUCCACUUUACAAUCCCUGGCUGCAUGGCUACUUUGCUCAGAAUCACGAACGGCUCACUCAUUUGAUUGCCGGCGGCGGUUACCUGGGCGGGCCCUUUAACGGUAAGGAGUCGCAGCCCCAACUAGCGCCCCCACUGCCACCGCAACCAACGCACGCCUUGGAUGGCCUAAGCCUUAGUCCGACAAAGCCCAAUGAUGCUGAGUUGACGCAUCGUCUGCCAUUGCCGCAUCCGCUGGACACCCGUUUUCUGCCGUUCAAUGCUGCUGCAGCUGCCACGACGACAUCGGAUCUAAGUUAUCGUCGCCUCGCGGAACUUAUGAAUCAGGACUAUGUUCACAACUUAAGCGUACAUGCGCGACUCCAGCACAUGGCCGCUACUCGUGGCCAGGACGAGAGUCAACAUCAGCCACUGGCACUGGCUUCGACGCAGGAACCGUCGUCUCAGCAAUCAUCACCCUCAAAGUCUCAUAGCCCCACGGAGCCAGCGGUUGAUGUGGGCAUGGACGAGGACUACGAGUGUAGCGGUGAUUCCUGCAGCGACAUCAGCCUCACGAUGUCUCCCCAAAACUACGUUGCAGAGCUUGACAAAAGUCGACACGGAGCUUAUACAAACUCGGACAGUGAGGAUUGCAGUGAUGAUGAUGGCGGCCACUCGCGACAUGAGGCCGGCGGCAAGGAGUCCCAAAGCGGUAGCAGCAACAGCUCCAAGUCGCGACGGCGGCGCACGGCGUUCACAUCGGAACAGCUGCUCGAGCUUGAACGCGAGUUCCAUGCCAAAAAGUAUCUCAGCCUAACAGAGCGCAGUCAAAUAGCCACAAGUCUGAAAUUAAGUGAAGUGCAGGUGAAAAUCUGGUUUCAAAAUCGUCGAGCCAAAUGGAAACGGGUCAAGGCCGGACUCACGUCGCACGGAUUGGGUCGGAACGGCAGUGCCAGCGGCACUAAAAUUGUGGUGCCCAUACCCGUGCAUGUAAAUCGGUUUGCGGUGCGCUCCCAGCACCAGCAGCUGGAGAAAAUGUGCCUCAGCGGGCCCAAGCCGGAUCUGCGAAAGAAGCUAUCAACGGAAGCGAUUAGUGGCUUUGAGAAGUUCAAUGCCAGCGCUGGCCCUGCUUCUUCAUCCGUAGGAGUGGGCGUGGCCAUGGGAGUCGGUAUGCCACCGAUUGGCGCACUAGCGUCAAGUCCCGCCGCCUCGCUGGCCCUGGCGCGUAGUAUUUAUUGAGGAAGCACGACCCAAAGUUGCACCAAAAACAUUUUUGUUAACGCUUUUUGCUAAGUUAUCUUUGUACAUACGAAUGGUCCCCCCACCCCCUUUCAAUUUGGCUUAAGUGUAGAGACCAAG